AUGGUAACCGACGUUCAUCUGGCAAUUCUUUCCAAUGCUCUCGGAGUUAUUCUGUUUCUGCUUGUCGUCUUGUUCCAUUACAUAAAUGCAAAUUAUUCUAGACAGUAAUAAAAUGUUAAAAAUGUAUUCGUUAACUACUGUUUAUUUGUAAUUUGUUUGUAAUUUUUUUUAUAAAAACUGUUGAAAUGCUUU